UGCCAUUCGCUCAGUGAUCUGCUUUAAAAUAAAAAACUAAAUUGUUUUAAAAAAUGUUGUUCAUAAUUUUAAUUGCAGCCUUAAUUUCAACCUCCAACUCGGCGUUAUAUAAUUCGCCAAUUUCGGUUGUACCUGUUCCAGCGCGCUACGGAGGCUCACGACCAGCUCCAGCAUCAUGCAAAGCGCCACCAUCCAUCCCAAUCCUCUACGAAAGUAUUGGUCCAGCUGCUGCAUCAUAUGCUGCACCACCACCUGCUCCAAUAUCAUAUUCUGCACCACCAUCUGUCCCUGUCCUCUACGAAAGUAUUGGUCCAGCUGCUUCAUCAUAUGCUGCACCGCCACCUGCUCCAGCGCGUUGGGGACCAGCCCCAGCUUUAUACGCUGCACCACCCUCCAUUCCGAUCCUUUACGAAAGCAUUGGUCCAGCUCUAGGAUCAUAUGGUGCACCACCACCUGCUCCAGCACCCUGCGCAAGACCACGACCAACUCAAGCAUCAUACAAAACACCACCAUCUAUCUCUGUCCUCUAUGAAAGUGUUGGGCCAGCUCCAUCAUCAUAUGCUGCACCCCCACCUGCUCCAGCAUCAUAUUCUGCACCACCAUCUGUCCCUGUCCUCUAUGAAAGUGUUGGUCCAGCUGCUGCAUCAUAUGCUGCAUCACCACCCUCUCCGGCAAGUUACACUGGUCCAAGUCCAGCUCCAGCUUCAUAUGGUGCACCACCACCUGCUCCAGCAAACUAUGCAGGCCCAAGUCCAUCUGCAGGCUCUUAUUCAGAUAAUGUUACCUAUUAUCUAUAAUAUAAUUCUAAAGAAAUGUAGAAUUUCCGAAUACAAUGGGUCAUUUAA